UUCCCCCUCCGGGUCUGCCUGGAGUGGCUCUUAAGCGCCGAGCUGUCCUCCGAUGGGGAAGCCGGUCUAAUUUAGAGGAAGCAGGAGAGGCGGAAGGGGGUGCAAGUCUUGACUUCCACCCUCCACCAUCCCCCCCCAGCAAAGGAGGAAGGCCAGAAAGGGGCUGCCCGGUCUCCUGCCCCUGAUGGCGAAGGACGUGGUUUCUCUCUCUUCCUGAUCAUAAGGCUGAUGUUAUAACUCGGAAGAGGACAGGAAAUAAAAUAAAACAAAAAGAAGAGGGAAGGCUUGAAAUCCCUAGUAGGUGGCUGCCCUGGAGAGAAAAUUCAGACUCCUUUGAAAACUGCCAUGAAUCAGAGAUCAAAGAUGGGGGAGGAAGACUUGGCUGGCGUUGGAGCAGAUACAAUCCCCCCGAUGAUGCAAAGUGGAAGGAAGGCAGACCUGUGGGAAAGAAAGAGGCAGGAUGACCUGGACAUCAUUGGUUCACAGGAGCAAUACCAGUGCUUCAGACAGUUUUCUUAUGAGGAGGCAGAGGGGCCCCGAGAGGCUUGCGCCCAACUCCAUCAUCUUUGCCGUAAGUGGCUGAAACCAGAAAAGCACACCAAGGCUCAGAUCCUGGACCUGGUGAUCCUGGAGCAAUUCUUGGCUAUAAUUCCUCUCGAGCUUCAGAGCUGGGUGCGGGAAUGUGGAGCAGAGACCAGUUCCCAGGCGGUGGCCUUGGCCGAAGGCUUCCUCCUGAGUCAGGCAGAGGAGAAGAGGAAGGAAGAGCAGAAGGGGCUGGAAAGCUGUGUGGAAGAAGCGGUCCUUCAUCUCUUCUUCCCUGCGAUGGAGAGGAAUUGGAUAAGGCUCAAAUGACCUUUGAGGAGGUUGCUGUAAAUUUUACCCAGGAGGAAUGGGCACUGUUGGAUCCAGA